AUGUUGGACAUGGGAGAUAAGAAAGAAGUGAAAAUGAUCCCCAAGUCAUCGUUCAGCAUAAACAGCCUGGUGCCCGAAGCGGUUCAGAGUGACAACCACCAUCACCACCGAUCUGCCCCCGACGAUGAGGACAAAAACCUUUUGCCAGCGGUGGAGUCGAAGUCUGAAAAUGUUCCCAGCAAAACUGACAGCAGCUCCGGGGAGCAGCCCAGCGCGGAAGAGAAGGAGAAGCAGGAAGAGAAAAAGGCAGACGGUAAAGAAGGGGAUGGUGGAAAGGAAGGAGAAAAGAAAAAUGGCAAAUAUGAAAAGCCUCCGUUUAGUUAUAACGCGCUGAUCAUGAUGGCCAUCCGUCAGAGUCCAGAGAAACGAUUGACAUUGAAUGGAAUCUACGAAUUCAUCAUGAAAAAUUUCCCUUAUUACAGAGAGAACAAACAGGGUUGGCAAAACUCUAUUAGACACAACUUGAGUCUGAAUAAAUGUUUCGUGAAAGUUCCGAGGCAUUACGAUGAUCCUGGGAAGGGGAACUACUGGAUGUUGGAUCCAUCUAGUGAUGAUGUCUUUAUAGGUGGCACUACGGGAAAACUCCGGAGGAGGUCCACAACAUCAAGAGCAAAGUUAGCUUUCAAGCGAGGAGCGCGCCUCACUUCUACCGGACUGACAUUUAUGGAUAGGGCAGGUUCCUUAUAUUGGCCUGUAUCUCCAUUCCUAUCCCUCCAUCAUCCCCGGGCCAGCAGUGCCUUGAGUUAUAAUGGGACCACCUCAGCUUACCCGAGUCACCCGAUGUCCUACAGCUCGGUGUUAACUCAGAACUCUCUGGCAAACAGCCACUCGUUUCCAACUUCAAAUGGGUUAAGUGUAGAUAGACUUGUAAACGGAGAGAUUCCUUAUGCCACCCACCACCUAACGGCAGCAGCUGCCCUGGCUGCCUCGGUGCCAUGUGGUUUGUCUGUUCCUUGCUCAGGCACAUAUUCCUUAAACCCAUGCUCAGUAAAUCUUCUGGCAGGACAGACGAGUUAUUUUUUCCCUCAUGUUCCUCACCCGUCAAUGACUUCUCAAAGCAGCACUUCAAUGUCGGCGAGGGCAGCGUCCUCCACAUCUCCACAGGCGCCUUCAACUCUUCCCUGUGAGUCUCUAAGACCCUCUUUGCCAAGUUUCUCCACAGGACUUUCUGGAGGGCUUUCUGAUUACUUCACACAUCAAACCCAGGGCUCCUCUUCAAACCCUCUAAUACACUAACAAACCCCCUUCGAACAGACUGUAAGUUAAUGUUUUACACAUAUUUGCAUUGUAAAUAAUUCUCAAAAUAAGAAGCCCAGGUAUUUUUAUUCAAGUCCCCAUUUUUGUCAGCAUUUUUUGUCAAAUCCCAUAGGGUUGUUUGUUUAUUCAAUUUCAGCAAUGUGCAAUUUGGGGCGGUUUAGAUAGGAAACCACUGAUAAUAGUUAAAUUAAUGUAGACUGUGUAUUUAAAAAAAAUGACUGCAUUCCAACUAAAAUUUAACGAGGCAGGUCUGUUUCAAUCAAUCCACCUCUGUCCAUGUUUGCAGUAUUAUAAGUUAUCAUGGUUCUGUUGGUGGCUGCUGAUUCCAUUAUUGGCGGAUCUUAUUUUUUUCAAUACACUUAUACGAGUUCAACGCUUAAUUUGUAUUCAAACAGUUCACCGGUAAUAUUACUUAAACAUGCCUAACCUUUCGGUCAUUUUUUUUCCAUUUCGUUGCAAAAUGGUUCAUGUUUACUUUUAGACCAAAGACGGGGCUAGAAAUGCACUCCUUGUUUAAAAGAACAAGUAAUUUGAAAGUAAUUCAUAUUUUCCAGUUUACAAUACUGCCUGUAUAAGAAUCAGAAGGGGACACAAUUGAUGAUUGCCUUUAGUUUGUGUUGUGCAUAAUUCGAUGUAUGUGAUCACUAACAGGUCCCUUUUCUUUUCUUUAUGUAAAUGUAGUGAGAUGUGUAAACCUAUUGUACUUAAAGGUAAACUUUGCGGACGUGUAACCUGUGUUGCUUAAAUGCCUCAUAAAAUUCCUUGAGUGAUUGUUAAUGUCGUCUCUAAAUUUCAUGAUUGUGAUAUUGUGAUCAUAUGCCCGUGUUGUCACUUAAAAUGUUUACUA